AUCAACAACAGCAGUAAAUAUAGCCCUCGCCCUAGCAGCAAAUGAUUCGGCAAAACAAGUUGGUUUGCUUGAUGCAGACAUAUAUGGACCUUCAAUUCCAAAGAUGAUGAACUUAAAAGGAAACCCAGAAUUAACACCAAGUCAGUGUUUAUCUACUCACAGCAACUCACCUGUUUUAUGGAGACGGAGGUGUUAGAACUCAGCCUGUGUACCUGGUCUCUGUGCAGAAGAAAUUGUCCAUGCAGGUCACCAAAACAGUGCCUAGAGAUGGCUCAUGUUCCAAUGUCAUCAGCCUCCUCAUAACUAAACUGUCUUACUGCAGGAGGUGAAGUAAGACUGUGGUUGCUAGAAAUCUGGUUAGACAGUACAAUACCACCGAAAAAAUCUAAUGAGGCCCCUUAAGAACUAUGGAAUCGCAUGCAUGUCUAUGGGUUUCUUGAUAGAAGAGACUGCCCCGGUUGUGUGGAGAGGGCUCAUGGUAAUGUCAGCUGUUGAAAAAUUGUUGAGACAGGUUGACUGGGGUCAACUGGACUACUUAGUGAUUGACAUGCCACCUGGGACUGGAGAUGUACAGCUGUCAGUAUCACAGAAUAUUCCAAUUGCAGGAGCUGUGAUCGUCUCCACUCCACAAGACGUGGCUUUGUUGGAUGCCCACAAAGGAGCUGAAAUGUUUAGAAAAGUCCAUGUACCUGUUUUAGGACUGGUUCAAAAUAUGAGUGUUUUCCAAUGUCCCAAAUGUAAGCAUGAGACACAUAUUUUUGGAACUGAUGGCGUAAGAGAUCUGGCAAAAACCCUUGGAUUGGAUAUUUUGGGAGACGUUCCACUGCACAUCAAUAUAAGGGAGACGUGUGAUUCAGGACAGCCUGUUGUGGUCUCCCAGCCUCAAAGUGAUGCUGCUAAAGCCUAUCUAAAGAUAGCUAUGGAAAUAUUAAGAAGACUGCCAGUACCUCCUGCUUGAAGCAUUUACCACUGAAAUUUAGCAAAAAAGUGAUCUUUGAUGCAGCCAGUGCAGAAGAGUCCUGUUACCUAAAUACAUGGAUGCCAUAUGUUAGUUCUAAGAACUUCUUUAGGAAUGAAUUUACCAGAGGUUCAAUUAUGAUUGUGAUAAUUACUGUUUUUCACAUCAUUGUUUGGCCAUGUCCAAGAGGAUUCAAGUAUGCAAAUGAGGAGAGACAGUAUUUAACUGCUGAAUUGUAACAUCAUCAAGCAAGAAGGGAUGAAGUACAUGUUUUCCGUGUGCCCUAUUUUAAAGUCAAGAAUGAAAAACAGCCUCUCCAUGCAAGUAGAACAAUGGUAUGCCAAGACAUAAAUUUAAUUUUUAAGCGGGAUUUUCAGUAGUCUAAUUUCCUUCAGUUUUUGUUCAGAUUUUUACAUGGGUAGCUAUCAAACUGACCUUAAGUUCUGCAGAAUUUUAAGAAGCAAAAUCAGUUCUGUAACUGCUGUGCUUUUCUGUGUUCAUCCUAAAAGAAGAUUAAAAAAUUCCACAUAUACUCUGAAGAGUUCUUGUGAUGGAUGAUGAACAAAUUCAUUCAUUAUCGGACAAAGUUUGAUCGUGAGGCAAUUCACAGUUUCGUGCAGAAUGGAUUACGUGACCCUGAGGCUUAUUUCUCAGCUGUUUUACAUUAUAAUGAACCCAGACAGAAGACAAGGUAACAGAGGUCUUCACUGAAAACCAGAUGUUUUUCCUGAGCUCAGUUUGCCACGGAAUGCAAAUGAUCAAGAUAAAUUAAAUUUGUGAUUGUAUAUUCCUACUACAGUGCAGCAACUUGGAAUUUGAAUAUAAAGAUAUAUUUUUGAAGUAAAGAAAUAUUUGGUCUUCAAA